ACCGAGGGGCUUCUCUUCCUUUGCAUAUUUUUCCUUCCUUUUCUUCACUUUCCUAGUUUCCUUCCUCCUCUUUUACUUUCUUCUUAGUUAUUCUUCUUCUUCUUCUUGUCCUGUGAUUCAACUGAAGCGCUGAGGCUUCAUCAAUGGCGGACAUAAGUCAUCCUCCCAUGGAGCAACUGCAAGACCUUGAAUACUGUAUAGAUUCCAACCCUCCAUGGGCUGAAACUAUACUAUUGGCUUUUCAAAACUACAUCCUCACACUGGGAACUAGUGUUAUGAUCCCCUCAUUGCUUGUCCCAGUAAUGGGUGGAACUGAUGGUGACAAAAUUCGGGUGAUACAAACUCUGUUAUUUGUAUCUGGUAUCAAGACACUUCUGCAAGCACUCUUUGGAACCAGAUUACCAGCAGUAGUGGGUGGCUCUUUUGCUUAUGUCAUACCCAUCCUUUAUAUUAUAGGUGACUCAUCACUGCAACGAAUUUCUGAACCUCAUGAAAGAUUUAUACAAACUAUGCGAGCAAUCCAAGGAGCAUUGAUUGUAGCAUCAAGCAUACAGAUCAUCCUGGGUUACAGCCAAAUUUGGGGACUUUUCUCAAGGUUUUUCAGUCCCCUUGGUAUGGCACCUGUAGUUGGAUUGGUUGGUUUGGGGUUAUUUGAGCGAGGCUUUCCUUCGUUGGGAAACUGCGUCGAAAUUGGGAUUCCAAUGCUCCUGGCUGUCAUUGGAUUGACACAAUAUCUGAAGCACAUAAGGCCCAUCAGGGAUGUUCCCAUCUUUGAACGAUUUCCUGUUCUCAUCUGUGUCUCAAUUAUAUGGGCAUAUGCACAUGUCUUGACUGCAGGUGGGGCCUAUAGAAACAGACCCCUCAAAACUCAACAUAAUUGUCGUACUGAUAGGGCUAAUCUCAUAUACUCUGCUCCCUGGUUCAAGUUCCCAUAUCCUUUGCAGUGGGGUCCACCAACUUUUGCUGCAGGACAUACAUUUGCUAUGAUGUCUGCCGUCCUAGUCUCUAUGGUAGAGUCAACUGGUGCAUACAAAGCAGCAUCUCGGCUGGCAAUUGCCACUCCACCUCCUGCCUAUGUGCUGAGCCGAGGCAUUGGUUGGCAGGGUAUUGGUGUAUUGCUUGAUGGCCUUUUUGGAACAGGGACUGGCUCCACUGUAUCAGUGGAGAAUGUGGGGCUCCUUGGACUAACCCGAGUUGGGAGCAGAAGAGUUGUUCAAAUUUCAGCUGGCUUCAUGAUAUUCUUCUCUAUCUUAGGAAAAUUUGGAGCUCUCUUUGCAUCUAUACCCUUCCCAAUAUUUGCUGCACUUUACUGCGUGCUCUUUGGCCUUGUUGCUUCAGUGGGGCUAUCAUUCCUACAGUUCACCAAUAUGAAUUCUAUGAGAAACCUCUUCAUCACUGGUCUUUCGCUUUUCCUUGGGAUAUCCGUCCCACAGUAUUUCAAUGACUUCUGGUUUUCUUCUCAUCAUGGACCUGUUCACACCCAUGCAGGAUGGUUCAAUGCAUUCUUGAACACCAUAUUCUCAUCAGCACCAACUGUGGGGUUGAUUGUUGCGGUGAUUCUCGACAAUACAUUGGACGUGGAGAAGUCAAAGAAGGACCGAGGAAUGCCAUGGUGGGUCAAGUUCAGAACGUUUAGAGGUGAUAACAGGAAUGAAGAGUUCUACACAUUGCCCUUCAAUCUCAACAGGUUCUUUCCACCUACUUAACAAGCUCAAACCCCAGAAGCGGCAGCAAGAAAUCAAGCUGAAGCGUCUUCUCCUUAGAACUGAGAAACGCCGGAUAUAUUAUUCGAAUUAAAACAUCUUAGCUUAUAGCUAAUAUCCUUUCCCUGAGCAUCAUCAUAAUGUAUUUUUUGUGGGAAUAGGAGUUUUGGGCAUUUAAUCUACAUGCUUUUGUGGCGCAUCCCAUGUAAUAAGAGGGAAAGACAUUACCAUUUUUUUUGUUUCCUGCAUCCGUUGUUCUGUUGCCUUUUUCGAAUGAUAUUUGAUCUGAUGCAGUGAAAUUUGCCCCAUUUCUAUUCUUU